UCAGUCUUAGAUCAAUAAAGACUUAUACCAUCUAGCCAGCUUUGAGUUACAGUUAGUAAGAACCUACGUUACAAAUGGUGGCUCCAGUGGUCUUUAAAGUGUUUACUAUCAACCUCCAUUGACCUUUCCACACUGAUCCCACUGUAUCUACCGAUCUUUAUGGAUUACAAUGGAUUACAUUUGACCUUUAUGUACUAAACUGACAUCAUAGUUCCAUACAGCUUACAACAUAAGUGAACUAUCGGUUCCGAUCCAGCUGUCUACAUCUGACAUUUCAGUCCGAUUCCUGUUUCUGCUAUAACCCUGACCUUUCCAUAUUUGUCCACCAUAUGUACUGAACGGAUUACUCUGUGACCUCUUAUCAGUUGAUGCCGAACACUCGUAGUAACACCGACAUACCGGAUAAGAAUUUUGAGCAAACCGACAUCGAGCUGCGCCUUGCCAACCAGGCAGGUAAGACACGCAAUACUGACAAUAGAGCGACAGACACAGACAGUGACCUUUCCACAACAUCAACGCCAAAUCCAGCAACAAUGACCACUAUCACAUUUGAGGAUACCCAAGUGCAAGCAAUCCAUACAGGACUACAACCACUGAUUUCAAAACACGACAUCCUCAGACGGUUUAGCCUAAACGACAUCCCAAUCCUAAUUGACCUUUACAACGUGAUCACUGUUACUGACGAAGCUGACGCACUAUCCCAACUCCAAAAUGGAACUUUUCCAUUCAAGAUGUCCAAGGCUGACCUUAAAGCAUUGUAUCUAGCAACAAAGGAUAGGGCCUUCCAGUCAUUAAUCAACACAAACAAUGUGUACGGAAGAAAGAUCGACCAACUUCUUCAAGAAAUGACCUCACUUAAACAACAACAACAGCAACAACAACAGCAACAACAACAGCAGCAACAACAACAGCAGCAACAACAACAGCAACAACAACAGCAACAAACUGGAUCAACUCCCAUUACUACCAUUCUUCAAACGUCCGGAAUGCAACUUUCUCCUAAAGAUUUCCCGAAAUUUGGCGGUGAGUCACACGAAGAUGUACGCGAGUUUACCGAACGCUACGAAAGUUUUACCCGAGUUUAUGGAUGGACGGAAGCGACAAAACUGACGAAUCUUAACUUGUGCUUCAUCAACAAUGCCUUAAGAUGGUGGGAAUCGGAGCAAACCAAACAUGUAACCUGGAUCAGCGCGAAGAACGCCCUGCUUAAAAUUUUUGGCCCUACUGACCUGGACUACGACCUGAAGAAGGAAGAAUACCAGAACUUAGCGAAGUCGGAUCCUCCAUCAUACGUCACGAAAGUCCUGAAAAUGUUUGAUGUCAUCAACCCUACAGCCACUGAGCACGAAAAGGCGAACGAAUUAUUUCGUGAACUCCCGACACGCAUGAAAUCGAACUUUGUCACCAAUCGACCGACAACCGUAGCCCAGUUCCUGGACAAGCUGAAGACCGAGGCAACUAAGGAGCAGUACAAGGAAAAGGCCCAAAGGGAAUCAGAGGCUGAUGACUCAAAAGCAAAGGUUUUCUUUACGGAAACACGGAACAGCGAAAUAACUGAUUUGUCUAAACGCCUGGAUCAAGUAGUCAACAUUGUGGAAAACAUAACACGAGGAUCCCAGCCCAACUUCCGGCGUAACGAAAGCCGAUUUAACGGACGCAACACUCGUUCAGAUGCAAUAUGUCACCGCUGUGGUAAUAAAGGUCAUAUGCAGAAGGACUGUUGGACAAAAUGCAAUAAAUGUGGAAGAAAAGGUCAUGUCGCUCGCGAAUGCAGAAGCCAGGGACGAAAUACGGACCAGAAUUACAGAAGAAACCCGAACAAUUUUUCCAGGGGAGGAAAUUCUAACCGCGACAGUAAUAAUAACAACAGGCAACCGUCGUACUUCAGCUACGAAGAACACGACGACACACUGGAAAUACCUGAGUUAAACUAAAGGCCGU